AUGGCCACUGCCCUCUCAAAAGAGCGACCAGGUCUCUUCCCUGUCGUGGAGAGCCGAAACUCGCAAGAGAUGUUUGAUCCCCCGCCUAGAAUCUUUGAGGAAUCGCCAUCAAGAAUUCGAGGAGGAAGUGUCACUAGUCAAUUACCAGGAAUAGCACCUGAUAAGCCUAUUCCGCCACCGCCGCCAACUGCCUUUCCGCCAGAUAGACUCAGCUACUUGAGGAACGACUCGAUUAUGCGCUUGUCGUCCAUGAGUCUUGACACAACAAACAGUUCAAUUCUGGAAGAUGGUCGGCAGGGUCCAAGGUCGCUUGAUACUGAGCUGACCUCGCCAAUAUUCCCAUCAGGUGGUACAUCAGUGCCAUUCAGUGCAAAUGAUGUUGGUGUCAAGAACGGCCGCAGGAGUUUUAUCGCAGCCAAUACCUCAAUGCCUCCUCUACACAACUUCCCUGUCCGUUCCUCCUCUACCGCCGAAGGACGCAGGAGAUCAUCAAUGGAUCCCAUUACUUCUCCUCGCCGCAGUUUGACAACCACUUCUCGAAACCCUAGCAACGCUAGUGAUAAUCGGUUCAGCUUCACUCCAAUUCCACGUCGAAAUGAUUCAGUAUCCUCCAAUGGGCCACAAAGGCACCCAUCGAUGCGAAGUGGAACGCCUGUUUCAAUGAAUGGAUAUCACACUGGACCAGUGAUCAACUGGCGACAUUCUAACUCAUCUAUGUCUGCUGUGUCACACUUCAGCCAGUUCCAACAGCCAGCUGUUUGGGAUGGCGAGCCUUAUGAGGCUGAUCCGUUCUACGGAGGCUCGCCUAAUUCCAAUGGCACACUGUUUUCUGUUGGGUCUCCAGGACAGACAGCUGGCUCGAUGCCGCCGAGCCCAAUGCAGCGAUCUAGUCUAUCCAUUCGCGGUCAGCCUCUAGCGUCCGCUCUGAAAGGUUCAAACUCGCAGCGGAAAGGUCACAGGCGCCAAAAUUGCGUGCGAAUUUCAAUUCAUCCGCCCAUCACAUUCGCUGGUCCCGCAUUCUCCCCCACGGUGGAAGAAGAGCCAGAGGAUCUCGAUGCAAUGGAAGAACUGGAUCUGCGUGAGAGUGCCAUCAACGGCAACUUCAAGUCACUCCCUGCUUUCCCUCCGCCGACAACCUCGCCAUCACCUCUCUCAAAGCGCACCAGCCGACGAAAUAAGCCUGCGCAUAGCACAUUGGGACCCUUGGCUGAAGAACCUAUAGCGAUCUGCAACAAGAGUCCUCCUAAUAAGAAACCCCAUGAUCCAAAUCCACCCUCCGACUCCGCAAAACUGUUCGACAAGGACCGUGACUUGCCUGAACUCUUCACUUCUCUACCCAACGAAGAAGGCACCCUUACUCACACUCCCUCCCCCGAGCAUAACCUAAAUGUCUGGGCUAUCCCGGAAGAGGCUCCCUCCCCAUCAUACGAGAACCAUAUUGCUAAUGGCAGCCCCCGCCGUACACCCCUGAAGGGUCCACGCAGCCAGCCAGCCCGAAGCGCCCGCAGCAACUCAACUCCAAAGCCCAUGGACCCACUACCGCUAAUGGGCAUCGGUUCACCCACCGGUCUGCCUCUAAUAACCGGUACUCAAGGCAGCGACUGGCGGAGGUCAACCGACACAUUGCAUCGAACAAAUACUGACGCGACAAGCCCCGGCCGGCGUAAUCGUGAUUCUCAACCGCUUGCUCUCAUCGGCGCCUCAAUAAUUCCUGAUACUUCAACUUAUAAUACGCGGAACCGGAGCGGAACUGUCAAGGACCGCGUCACCAUUUGGGAAGAUGCCAAUCGAAGUGGUUCGCCUCCCAAACCAUCAGCUGCACACCUCGCAGGGAACUUUGUAUUCUCUGAUACUAGCUCCUCGCCUACCCGUCUUCACAACAGUAUUCCCCGAUCUCUCUCGAAAAACGAUCACUCUCCUCCCCGUAUGCACAGCCAGCGAGCUCCACCGACACCUUUAUCUUCUGUGCCGCGGGGCCUGACGACACCGACAGGGAAGGCGCUUGGCCUGGGCAUUGGGACACCGGGUAGCUUGUAUGAUGGCGAUGGAUUUCUAAGGGAGUAA